ACUUUCUCAACUUUUCUUCUUGUCCAAGUUUUCAUUUCUUUCUUUUUCUUCUUUCCUUCUUUUCGUAUCUAGCUACUUAAUUCUAUAUUUAUGACCAAAAAUACCCUACCCAUCUUUCACUUAAUAUCCUGAUCUUAUUGUUAAAUUCUGUUUAGUAAAUUUAUAGGCUUAAAACAUUGUAGGAAUUGAGUAUUUGUUGUACCUAGCUAGGUAGGACAAUGAAGGAGAACGGCAGAAAACAAGGUGCGAUGUCACCAUGCGCAGCAUGCAAGCUUCUACGAAGGAGAUGUGCGCAGGAUUGCGUGUUUGCUCCUUAUUUUCCAGCUGAGGAACCACAGAAGUUUGCUAGUGUACACAAAGUUUUUGGAGCUAGCAAUGUGAACAAGAUGUUGCAGGAAUUACCAGAGCAGCAGCGGAGUGAUGCGGUGAGUUCGAUGGUGUACGAAGCGAAUGCAAGGGUACGAGACCCAGUGUACGGUUGUGUAGGAGCCAUAUCAUCUCUCCAACAACAAGUUGACGUCCUUCAAACCCAAUUGGCAAUUGCACAGGCUGAGGUAGUUCAUAUGAGAAUGCGCGGCGCCCAAUACACUUCCUCCUCCUCCUCUAAUCCACCAGAAAAUUCCACCACUCCUAAUUCUCAGACCAAGUCUUUUUUUUCCUUGGGUGAGUCUUUGUGGUCGUGCUAGCUUCGCUUUAAUUAUUACUCUCAUCGCGCGCCUCGCUUUUUUUCUUGUCUGCCCCUCUCUCUCUCUAGCUUAUACCUUUUCUUUUUUUUUCAACAUAUAUUAAUUACUUUGUUCAACAUCGAUCUCUACCUACCUUCCCUCUAGAGUGGAGAUGAUGAUCAUGAUUAUUAACCAUGUCUAUUGUAGAUUCUUAAACGGUAAAUUUUGAGUAUUAUAGAAUUCUCUCAAGUUGCCUGCU